GAUUCGAGUCCUUAUAACGCAUGCGCGUGUUUCAAAAUGGCGGCAACCAUACUUUCCUCUUCGAAACAGCUUUCAAAGUUUAUUACACUACAAAGUCGAAUUUGUUGUAGCCAGGUUAAAUUUUUCUAAAAUUUUCUAAAUUCUUAUGCGUUUUUUAGUCUUUGUCAUAAUAGAUUAAUGUGUUGAUGACCGUUUAGGUUUCAACGUCAAUUGCCCUUGAUAAAAAGUUCUUACAAUUUACUAUUAAUUAUUGAAUACUGAUCACUGAAAAGAGAUAAUAAUUAUCCUUUAUUUUUAGAUUCAUUUUCUGUCAAGACAGCAAGAGCUAAAUAAUCUUGGUAAGUUUAAAGAGAUAUUCAUGGCAUGGGUAUAUCAUACACAUUGAUUUAUAUUUUCACUCUAAAACCAUAUUAAUAUUUAGGUAAGCUGCAAUUUUACAGGGUUAAAUAUAUAAUAAACAAUAAAAAUCAAUUGAUCGGUCAGAAAAAAAUUUAUUUAGUCAUAUGAUUUUUCAAAUUUAUCAGAAAAUAGAAUUCUUAUAAUUUAUUUAAUAAUUUAUCUUGUCAUGUUAGAUUGCAUGCUCUAUGAAUUUUAUUAUAUUCUUAUCAGUAGUCAUGACCUCUCUGAAGAGAGAAAAGCCCAACUUUUCAUUGUCUGCACAGAAACUUAGCAGUCAUGUGUCAAAAAGAUUUUUGAGAACAACGAUCAAACUAGAUGAUCGUAAAACAAUAGUAUGUCCACCUCUAGCCGAAUCAAUUUCAGAAGGAGAUAUUGUGUGGCUUAAAGAUGAAGGUGACUUUGUUGGUGUCGAUGAGACUAUAGCAGAACUAGAAAAUGACAAAGCAAAUAUCCCAAUUAAGUCACCCUAUAAUGGAUUGCUGCAAAAGCUUAUUGUUGAAAGUGGAGAUACGGUAUCUCCUGGAGGUGAUCUUUGUAUAAUUGAGGAAGGUGCAGCAGGUGCACCCCCACCUGCCGCAGCAGCACCGCCACCGCCACCAUCACCUUCAUCGCCGAAAGCUACAGAAGAACCUCCAAAGACUUCGUCUAUCCCCGACUCUACGCCAAUACCGACGACCCCUCCACCGGUUCCGCAAGUUCCUAGUCAACCGAUAUCUUCAAAGCCUGCAGAGAGUGUCAAAGCUCAAGAAGCUCAGUUUAAUGCAUUCUCACUCUCAAACGAAAAGAGAUCGGAAAAGAAGGUAAAAAUGAAUCGUAUGCGGCUGAAAAUUGCCCAAAGACUAAAGGAAGCUCAGAAUACUUGUGCCAUGCUGACAACUUUCAAUGAAAUUGAUAUGUCAAACAUAAUAUCACUUCGUAAGCAAUAUCAAGAAGCUUUUCAGAAGAAGCACGGUUUCAAACUAGGAUUUAUGUCAGCAUUCUUAAAAGCUUCUGCUUACGCCUUGACCGAUCAACCUGUAGUGAAUGCUGUUAUUGAUGAUAAUCAUAUUCUUUACAGAGACUAUGUAGAUAUUUCCGUGGCAGUAGCAACACCUAAGGGCCUUGUUGUGCCUGUUGUUAGAAAUGUUGAAUCUAUGUCGUUUGCUGAUAUAGAAAAGUCACUUGUUGAUCUGGGGGAGAAAGCAAAGACAGGCGCUUUAGCUAUAGAAGAUAUGGAAGGUGGAACAUUUACAGUUUCCAAUGGCGGGGUCUUUGGUUCAAUGUUUGGUACACCAAUAAUUAAUCCUCCUCAAUCUGCCAUUCUAGGAAUGCAUGGAGUCUUCCAGAGGCCUGUAGCCGUUGAUGGAAAAGUUGAGAUAAGGCCAAUGAUGUACAUUGCCUUAACAUACGAUCACAGACUCAUCGAUGGAAGAGAGGGCGUUACAUUCUUGAAAAAGAUAAAGAGUGCUGUAGAGGAUCCUAGAAUGAUGUUCUUAGACUUGUAA